CACCAAUAACAUAGGCAACAACCGACCAUAUAAACACAAGAGGUAGCUGAAGAAAGGAGCAACGAAGGAACAGCCAUUUGCGGUAUGCUUCUCGGUUCCCGCUCGCACGAGGCUAGGAUCUUUUUUUGGUAGCACAAUUCGUGAUUAACUAAUACUGCGGGAAAAGACUAGGUGAAAUUUCAUAUUCUUCAGACAUGCCGCGUGUGUAUGUCGGCAAGCUCAGCUACCAUGUCCGAGAGAAAGACCUCCAGAGGUUUUUCAGCGGAUAUGGUAAAUUACUGGAAGUCGACCUAAAGAACGGGUACGGUUUUGUGGAGUUCGAGGACAACCGGGAUGCAGAUGACGCCGUUUACGAGCUGAACGGCAAGGAGCUGUGCGGGGAGCGGGUGAUCAUCGAGCACGCCCGGGGGCCGAGGAGAGACGGCUACGGUUAUGGCGGCGGCGGAGGAGGCGGCGGCGGCGGAGGCGGCGGGGGCCGCGAUGGUGGUGGAAGAAGUAGGGAAGCCAUGAUGACGGCAUCCUUUUCCCCAAUAGACCAGGUUGAUGGUAGCGGCUACAGCAGCAGCAGGGGCAGCCGGCAGGGAACUGGCAGGGAGAAGUACGGGCCUCCGGUUCGCACUGAGUACCGCCUCAUCGUGGAGAACCUGUCCAGCCGCUGUAGCUGGCAGGACCUCAAGGAUUUCAUGCGACAGGCUGGCGAGGUCACCUACGCCGAUGCACACAAAGAACGCACCAACGAGGGGGUGAUCGAGUUCCGGUCACGCUCUGACAUGAAGCGUGCCAUUGACAAGCUGGACAACACAGACAUCAACGGGAGGAAGAUCCGCCUUGUGGAGGAAAAGUCUCGCCGCCGCCGUUCUUACUCCGGCAGCAGGUCAAGGUCUCGCAGCAGACGUCGUUCCCGCAGCAGGAGCAGGCGAAGCAGGAGCUCCAGAAGCCGCUCCAGGUCCCGCUCCCGUUCCCGAUCUCGCAGCAAACGCCGCUCCCAUUCCAGGUCGGUGCGCAAGUCUCGCUCCAGGUCCAGGAGGAAGUCUCGCUCCAACUCCCCUGACAAGUCCCGCUCACGCAAGUCCCGCUCCCGUUCCAAGACCCGCAAGUCCCGCUCCCGCUCCGAAACCCGCAAGUCCCGCUCCCGUUCCAAGAGCCGCAAAUCACGAUCCCGCUCCGAAACCCGCAAGUCCCGCUCCAAGAGUGUGUCAAAGGUGAAGUCCGAGCGAGCGUCUCGCAGCCCCUCCAAGGAGAAGUCUGUGAGCAAGAUGUCUCCGAGCCGCUCCCCGUCCCCUGUAAAUGAGAUCUGUGCCAAGUCACCCUCCAAGUCCCCUACCCCCAACGGCGACCGGCCCGCCUCCAAGUCCCCCGCCAAGCGGUCGCCAUCUCACUCGCCCUCCCGCUCUAAAUCUCGAUCCAAGUCCCGUUCUAAAUCUCAAUCCAAGUCCCGUUCUAGAUCCAGAUCGCCGCUACAGGAUUAGCCACUUCAUGUAAAUCAUUGUUGAACAACGAAACGUAUUCUAAUCCAUGUGUUAGUUAGCAGCGUUUAACACUGGUUGAGUUUUUUUACAUCAAGGGGUUUGUACUAAACUCCGGAUGAAUGCAGUUCUUUGUCUUGAUAAGCUUAUGGAUUCCGGAAACGCAUUUCUUAAGUUUAAGGGGUUUGUUUUUUUGUUUUUGCAAUAAUGGUCUUCUUGGAAUUCUUGUCAUUCUUGUCUAUCAUCUGUAAAAUAAUCUUGCAAAUGGGUGAUUCAGGAGCUUGGUGAAAUGGAAUCACUUGAAAUGUUCCAAUCAAGAUUUUUUUUUUUUUGAAAUAUAUAUUUUAAAAACGAAUGGAUUGAACUGGGAAGAUGUUGCAUUUUUGAUAGGUUUGUAUGAGUAAUGUUUAAAUGGUGAAGUAUAAAACAAACUGAAACAUACAAAAUUGCAUGUUUUGGCGUUUCUGUUUUUAAAAGUGCAUUUUGAGAACUGUCAAAUUCCCAAUGGCUCGAAUUACACUCAGCAGUCAAUUUCAGGUUAUUUCCUAUAUCCUUGCUGUUUUUUUUUUUUUGUUUAAAUAAA